AUGCUGGUUCUUAUAUUACCUGCAGAUCUUUUUGUAAAAGAAGAUUACCACUUUUUAAACGUCUCUGGAAUUGGAAUGUUUAUAGUGUACGACACCUUUGACUGCAUCCUUGAAUGUCUCAGCAAUCCUUCAUGUUUGUCUCUGAACCUGGCCGCCUCCAAAGGAGCCCAUGGAAAAUUUUGGUGUGAAUUGUUGACUUCGGAUAAAUACAUCAACCCAUGCGAAUACAAAGAAAACAAGACUUCACAUCACUUUUUCUUGAAGGUGGGUUUAAUUUAAGCAUGGUAGGCAGAUAGGUAGGUAGGUAAGUAGGUAGGUAGGUAGGUAGGUAGGUAGGUAGGUAAGUAGACAAGGUGGUGAGCCAAGGUAUGUAGUAGAAAUGUCCUUGGUAACGUCCUCUUGCAACAAGACAAGUUGAGACAGUUUGCAAGAAUUGAAAACGCGUAGAGUAUUUAUAAACUGUGCCUUCUCAGUGCUAAGGUUCCAGUAGCUCGGAACAGCAAGGGGGAAGGGAAAGGACAGGAAAACGUUUAUGUGAUCAUGAACCGACUGAGUGGUUCUCUUUAAUUUUUCGCAUCACACAAAUUUUAUGCCUUGCUCCUGAGUUGAGCAGGAAUACAGAAAUCUCGAUCUAGCCUAACAAGAAGCUGUCAUUUGGUAAGUGUGUGGGAAAAUUAGGGAGGAAAUUCCAUACGGACAAAUCAGCUGAGCUAACAAAACCUAAGAACGAAAACAGUUCAAUAUAUGCUUAUGUCAACUAAGGCGAGAAUUUGUAAAAAAGAGAAAUUGUUUUGACCAUUCACAGCCUGUCCUUUUCAGGAGGCAGAGUUUACUAAGCCAAAAAAACCCUUGGAAGGGUGGGGAGGGACGUGGGGAGCAUUCAUGCCUAUUUUUACGCCCCUAUGACUUUUUUCUCCAUAUAUUUGAGAAUAAUUUGAGAAAUGACAUUUUUUCGAAAAGAUGCUCAGAGUCGUUGCUAGCGGUGCUCAUUUACGAGUCAACUGAUUACCUCAAAAAUUUUGGGCUUGUUUACAAGUAAUUUGAAGGAUUGAGAUGAUUAUAGAGGUGAAAGUCAAAUGAGCUUAAACGCGCUGACAGCCAAAGUCCACAGAAAAAAACCGGAAGGGCAAAUUGCGUUUGACCACAAAUGAUACGAAACAAACAGCAUUAUCGUCUAAUCUUAUGAUAUACCUGGGUGAAACACUUUCAGUGAACGAUAGAACUUGUUGCUGAUUGUCCGUCCAGUAAAUUUCCACUUAAUUCUCUUUUAAGGUGAUCAGUUGUCCAAUAUAUUGUGGGAAGCUUUGGACUUGUCAAAUAAAGCUGGUGGGAUUUGUAUCUUUUUAAAUCUAUAUAAUUGUGUUUGGCCUUUCUAAACAUGUUAAGAUUUUAAAAAAAAACUUGGAUAGAGAACGUGACAUUAAUUUGUCUAGCGUUGCAUUGCGAUCAAGGAAAAUCUGCUUAUUCAUGAUUUAAAGGCGGCGCCCGACAAUCAUAGGCACGUACUUGGAAAAUUUCAACAACAAAAGCAAUUAGUUAUUCAGUAUAGCCUUGUUUAACUGGACUCAGAGGAACUUAUUGACUGGGAACAGCUAUUCGACUAAAGAUGGGGGGUGAGUAUUAUUAUUUUCUGCGGAAUGCAGGUUCAGGCGAUCAGCUAGUGGAGAAAGUAUGCAAAAAGUAAAACGAAAAGCAUUACGAAUGGGGAAUACGCGACAGAAAAUGAAUGACCGAGAUCUUAUUAAUUCACCUCAUUUUUCUCCGUUCGAAAUUUAGUUUUCUUUAAGUGGAGCUACAGUGGUGGAAGGCGAAAAAGUGUUUUAUGAUAAAAUUUUUUACACUUGUCAGGUUUUCAUUUUUUAGCUUGGCUUUUAAAACGCUGGAUUCGGCUGUCUUUUUUAAUUACACUUAUUUAAAGUACAUUCUCUGCAUUGCUUAUUGAAAUUAAAAAAAAUAGAAAAAGAUGCCCAGAAAACGUCACUAGUCUCGUUAGUCACUAGUCUUGUUACCCUUCAUGAGGGUAACAAACGGUAUAGCAACAAAAAUUUCGUGUGACUGUCUUGGGGUGUAGGUUAGUAAGUUACAAAAAGCUACUCUUACGAUUCCAAAGUGUACGAUGUGGCCGAGAGUGACUUUUGUGGGGUAUAUGAAUUUGCAGCUUGCUAGAUAUAAAUGGGGUUUGUUUGCGCACGUAGAACCUCUUAAGAAACGGAUUUAAUCAGUAAAUUCAGCUUAAAAGAAUGUAAGAAAUGCAACCAGAAGUAACGCGGAAAUUUAAUAAGAGCAUUUCUCUUAACAAGAUUGUCAACUGAUCGCGUUAUACCCUUGCUAUGAGAAAAGAUAAGGAAUUAUUAUGACUUACUGAAUGGGGAACCGAACUUUACGGGAAAGGAAAUUGAUACACGAAGGUUAACACUACCGAAAGUUGGAUUACCCGUUUUUCACAGCUACAAUAGCUCUCUAAAUUCAAUGCCCGCCCGAAAGACGAAUUUUGUAGGCUGCCUCCUUCUCAGCCGCCCGCGCUUGUUUUAAUGGGGAGCGGGGGACAAUGGUUAGACGGAAAGGGGAGAAAAGGUGCUCCGCGCUCGGACUCAACACUUCACAUUCACCUUCCUGUGCUCUCCGCCUGGCCUUGGAAAAGCCUGUAGAGGAGGCAGCUGUGAAGGCAAUUGUUUAAUUGCUAUAAGUUAACAAAUUGAAAAGAGGCUCAAAAAAGGAACAAUUAGUAUUGGCCCCAUCAACGUUUCCUGCGAUAACAAAACGUUCAAGUAUAACCUCUCCCGAAUACAAGGGAAGUCGUUUGGGCAAACCUGAAAGCAGAAAACAGAAUUUCGAUUUCCACUGAAAAGUUUCUAAUUGCCAUGAUAUGCCUUCCCUUCAGGAGCCGUUGUUCUGUCUUUCAUCCACGCAGUUGUGUUUGCUGUUGCAUUUACAUCAGCUCUCAACACCUCGACUUGGCAUCGUUUUUGGUGGUGGACUGCAGGGAAGAGUUGGCCUGCAGGUGUCACUGAUGUUCUGAAAAACGUAUAUGGAACGUGCAAACCACGGGAUAUGUAUUGUUUCCAAAGGCUUCCUUCCUGGGCCGAGGAAGAUUCAACAGAAAUCCUUGCAAUUGACUCCGAAGGAACUGUGUACCAAUGGAAGUUUGAUGCAAAGAACCCAACAGCACACGCUGCAUGGCAAGCAUUUCAUGACCAUCAAGAAACAGCAAGUGGUACGAUUAAAAACAAUCAAGCCUGGGACCCUGUAACAUUGGAAGGAAACAAACCCAAAGCAACGCAAGACUCUUUCAUGUACCGAGAUCAGAAUGGCGUGAAGUCACUUCUUCUGGACGACGACAACUGUGACUGCCUAUCUACUCUGAGUAUGGGUCAUGGAAUGUGCUUUGCUGGUCACCAAACCCAGUACAGCAAAGUUAAUGUAUCGGGUGUCGAUAAAUUGUACGAUCCAGGUUGCCGGGGGCCUUCACCAGCUAACGGCCUUACUCUGUUUUUUCGAACCGCUAAGAAGCUGACUCUCGAAGAUUUUGGCGGAGGUUGGAAAGCUUUCUGGUGGUACGAGAAGGAUACCUAUUGGCCUGCGCAAGUUACCGAUAUCCUUAGAGACUCAUACGGCUCUUGCAAAGAGUUUGAUACCUAUUGCUUUCAGCGUCUCCCCAGAUGGCUAAAGGAAAAUGAUACAGAAGUUCUGGCCGUUGACUCUUUGGGGACAGUUUACAAAUGGUCCUUCGAUCCAAAGAACUCAGUCUCACAUGCAGCUUGGCUUGCAUUCCAUGAUCACCAAGAGACUGCACACAAAGCUGUCCUUAAUUCGAGUCCUUGGAAUCCAGUUGCGCUAAAAGGAAAUGCACCUUCACGCCCUCAAGACUCUUUUAUGUACCGUGAGCAGAAUGGCGUUAAAUCUGUUCUUCUUGAUGAUGACAACUGUGACUGUUUGUCCUCACUCAGUCUUGGUCACGGAAUGUGCAAUGCUGGCCAUUCUACUAGUCAUAGUAAAUCAAAUGUCUUUGGAGUUGAUGCUCUUUAUGACAGUGGAUGUCACGGCCCCGUUCCAACAACUGGACUGACGCUGUAUUAUCGCGCUCGACAGCCAGACUUGCAUGGUUAUGGUGGCAGGUGGAGGGCCUUCUGGUGGUGGAAUGCCGGCGUUGAAGGGUCCUCUUGCGAAUCACAACUGGCAAAGGAUGUACUUGAACACCCCUUCGGAACAUGCUUAGGUGGGGAUCCGUUUUGCUUUCAGCGGCUUCCAUCGUGGCUCGAGGAGGACUCUACUGUGAUUUUGGCCAAGGACUCCCAAAUGAACGUUUACAAAUGGACGUUCAACUCAUCUAAUCCAACUGCUGGGGCAGCAUGGCGCGCGUUCCAUGACCACAAAGAAACAGCUUCUGGUGCGGUGUUGAACAAGGACUCCUGGAAUCCCGUGAUAUUGAACGGAAAAUCACCUGCUGUUGACCAGGAUUCGUUUGCUUACCUAGAAAGUAAUGGUAUAAAAUCGGUGUUACUUGAUGAUGAUAACUGUGACUGCCUCUCGACAAUCCAACUUGGUGCAACUGUCUGCGAUAGUAACUUUAAUCCAAAGGCCCGUGGGGUCGACCUACUGUACGAUCCCGUUUGUAAUCUUCCAAGCCCUGACAAUGGAUUGGCCAUUUACUUUAAAGUUCCUGACCAGAAAGUUGACGUUUGA